ACUCCAAUCAAACAGCUUGAACUAACUGUUGUGGAUUUCAUUGACUGAUGAAGCCGUGUUUCCGUUUGACCACCACUAGAUUUCUCUUUUUCAACCUGAUCCAUAAUAUGUCAGCUAACAUUACCCGUUGAGGAAGGUGAUGGCUAGACAGGCAUGCGUAACACAUGUUGUAACCGUUUCAAUCAGUGUAACUUCAUCAUCUCGUCUAUUGAUUUCCCGUCCUUACGUAGCACUCGACCGAUGCCUAACCUCAAUAUUGCUCACCUUAUUAUACCGUUUAACACGGAAGAUAGAAGGCAGACACCUAUGAUCAAAGACAGCUGGCCUUUUCACACAAUCAACCAUAAAGGAGGAGAGAGAGAACUUCUGAGCAGUACACACGCUCUUCGGUCGACAGUCAGCUGGAUAUCACGUCAACUAAGCCAGAGACAGUGUAUGGUGGCAUAUGGCAAACAAGCCUUCUGUAUCCGUGCUGAGAUUUCGUCAACCAUCAACCCUCUAGCGUUGGCUGAUGCAACUCCUUAAAUAAGUGAAGUGGUUAGCAGGCUCCCCUAUUUCACCCCCUAUCAUAAGGCUAGGAAACGAUGUAGUCCAGUCCUGAAAAGAAUCACCUUACAUUUGACAGGAGCAAAUCG